CCUCAAAACAAUAAAAACAAACCAAAAGAGCAGAUAUCAGCUCUCUAUCCUCCUCCAGGCUUCUCCUUCCUUUGCCCUUCCCCACCAUUCCCCAGAGCCAAAAAAAAAACAACAAAGAAAAACUAACACAGACAUUCUCAUUCCCUCCUCCCCAGAUCGAUAAACACCAUGCUGGAAAAGCACAAGGACGACAGGAAAUCACCAGGAGCCUGGAGAGCAACGAAAGAUGGCUUCGGAAAUGGCACACCCACCUCCUCCUUCUUCCCUAAAGACCACCCUUUCCCUUUCCUCACCAGAAAGUUCCUUCAAUGGACCUUCUACCUCCUCCUCCCCUUCAUCGUUUUCCGCUUCUACUUUUACCCUUCUCCUCCACCUUCUCCCCUCGCGAUUCCCCUCUCCUCUCUUCCCCUGAACUCCUCUCCUUCUUCUUCCUCAUCCUUUCCUCCUCAACUGCCAGAGGAAGAAGGGAUUUUGAGCAAGGAAACGGCAUGUGACUACACUCAAGGUAAAUGGGUCCCUGACCAAAUGGGUCCUCUCUACAACGGCACAACCUGCGGGACAAUCAAAGACGGCCAGAAUUGCAUGUCCCAUGGAAGGCCCGACCUGGGUUUCCUCUACUGGAGAUGGCAGCCGCAAGAAUGUCAGCUUCCGAGGUUUGAUCCAAACGAAUUUCUCCAAUUUUUUGCUGACAGGCACAUCGCCUUUGUGGGCGACUCCAUGGCCAGGAACCAGCUGGAGUCGCUGGUUUGUAUGCUGUCCUCUGUUUCCCCUCCCAAUCUCGUCUACAAAAAUGGCGGCGACGACAACAAGUUCCGGAGAUGGCAUUUCGCUUCCCACAACGCCAGUGUCUCCAUUUACUGGUCUCCUUUCCUCGUCAAGGGCGUGGAGAAGUCGAAAAACGGGCCGGAUCAUAACGAAUUGUACCUCGAUCGAAUCGACGAGCGAUGGGGGAAGGAUUUGGAUGGGAUCGACACGAUUGUCUUGUCAAUUGGGCACUGGUUCUUGCAUCCUGCGGUUUACUUGGAAGACGGCAAGGUGCUAGGUUGCCACUACUGUCCUGGUCUGAACCAUACCGAAAUUGGGUUCUAUGAUGUGCUGAGGAAGGCAGUCAGGACCACACUCAACACCAUCUCCGAUAGAAGAGGAGAUGGGAUUGAUGUGAUCCUCACCACGUUUUCGCCAUCUCACUUCGAAGGCGAUUGGGACAAGUUCGGUGCUUGUCCCAAGACCGAGCCUUAUGGCGAAGGGGAGAAGCUGCUGGAAGGGAUGGAUGCUGACAUGAGAAAGAUCGAGGUCGAAGAAGUUGAAUCGGCCAGACUUGGAAUCGGUGGCAACCAGAAGAAGGUGAGAUUAGAGGCAUUGGAUGUGACCAGACUGUCAUUGAUGCGGCCCGACGGCCAUCCGGGGCCGUACAUGUACCCUUUCCCAUUUGCUAAUGGUGUUGGUGAACGUGUUCAGAAUGAUUGUGUACAUUGGUGCUUGCCUGGCCCUGUGGAUACUUGGAAUCAAAUACUUCUGCAAGUGAUUAAGAGACUGAGGAGGCAAUAAUUCUCUUGUUGCUUGAGGUGUAGAUUGGGUUUAGUUGGUUGUCAUGUUCAUGUUCAUGCUUUCUGCUGAGAGCUGAUUUGUUAUUGUACAAAGGGCAUCAAGUGUGUUUUACAGAAGUGCUGUCCAUUAUUGCCAGAGUUUCAGAUUCAUUGUGACUCGAUCCAGUUUUUGGUUCUAUGAACCUUGUCUAGUUGACAAGCUGUAUUUUUUGUUUUUUGACUUUUUGAUUAAAUAAACAGCAGAAAAACCCCUGGCGGUUUGAGUACCUUGAUGUGUUGCCUGUUCUUCUUCGCUGCUGCGUGCCUGUAGUGAACAUUAGAGGGAUUGACUUGAACGAGUCAAAAUUGCAGAGUUGAGAGUUUGUUAUAUAAUAUACUAUUUAUGGCUCA